CGCUCCCGCGGCCCACAGCGACUGAAGAUGGCGAUGAGAGCAGCCCUGCGGUGCCUCUCCGCAAACUUUGCUCCCAGGCUGCCGCAGCCUUCACCGGCGCGGCUGCCGUGGAGGAGCUGCUACCGGCGGACCCUGAGCACCACACCGGCCGCGCACACAGCCCUGAAGUUCACUGAGAAGCACGAGUGGGUGCAGGUGGACGGGGGGAUCGGCACUGUUGGUAUCAGCAGCUAUGCCCAGGAAGCAUUAGGUGAUGUGGUCUACUGUGGACUCCCAGAGGUUGGCCAAAGAUUAGAGAAAAUGGAUGAGUUUGGUGCUUUAGAAAGUGUAAAGGCUGCCAGUGAGUUAUACUCACCUCUGACAGGAGAAGUGACUGAGAUCAACACAGAGCUAGCAGAAAAUCCUGGACUUGUGAACAAAGAGUGCUACGCAGACGGGUGGCUAAUUAAGAUGACAAUUGAAAAACCUGAAGAACUGGAUGAACUUAUGGAUCAAGCAGCUUAUGACACGUUUCUUAAAUCACUGGAAGAAUAAAUGAAUGAACUCACUGUUUUCUAAUUGCUGUCAAAGAUUAGUAGAAAGAGUUACUAACAUCUGGUGUGACCUUCAUCUUGUUCUGUGGGAUUUGUUUUAAUACUAAAUAUUAGUAAAAUCUCAAAUCCUCCAUAACAGCUUCCACUUAAAUGAUUAGAGUUUGUUAAACCACCAGGAAAUCUAAAGGGCUCCUAAACUGUAGGUUUGUCUGAAAAAUCAGGUCUUGUUUGUGGUGCUUUUUUACAUUAAAGUGAGCAGAGGUGCGAUA